GUGUUGGUCCAAUCAAACCAUGGGGAGUUAUCCAGAAACAGCUUUUUAGGACAACAACACACUAUGGACUUGAGAACAGAUUAGGAUCAACUCAUGUACCUUUAUUUUAUAAAAAUAAAGAAAAUUCAGAUAAAAAUGAAGAAAGUUCAGGCAAAAAUGAAACGGAUGUUGGUCUAAUGAGAUAUCUAAAGAAAUGGACAAAAACACAUUGCAAAAAAAAAUCAGGUGAAAAUGAAAAGAAAGCAUUAAUGCGUAAUUCUCGUAAAGAAACUGAUGCAUCAACAACUAUAGGAAAUGAUAAAAAUCAUCAAGCAGCUAUAGACGUUGAUACACCAACGGCUACUACAAAUUAUGAAAUAAUUUCAGAAAUUGAUGAAUCAACAACUACUACAAAUGAUAAAGAUGAUGAACUGUCUUUAAUGAAAAAUCAACUUGAUGAAAUGAAACAACAGCUUGAUGCUCUAAUAGAGCUUCUUAAACACCAUGUUGUUAAAAUUCCUCA